UAUAAAUUACAAAUCUUAGGGGCAUUGUCCCUUCCCUUGGCCAUCAAAUUCAAUCCCUCUAUAGUUUCUAAGGCUCAACCUACAUUACCAGCUAUAAUAAUCCUUGAAAAUGCCAACAACAACAUCCUGGAAGCUCACCAGUUUGCUCAUUUUCUUUACAUUCUUCUCUUGUUCUUUCUCAUACACAUUCACCAUAAUCAACAACUGCCCACAUACUAUAUGGCCAGGUACACUUUCUGGUUCAGGGAGUCCUCCACUUGCAACAACCGGAUUCCGGUUAGACACAGGUCAAAGCAUCAAACUUACGACUGUUCCAGGUUGGUCAGGGCGGAUAUGGGCAAGGACUGGUUGCACAUUUGAUGCAACAGGAGUUGGCAAAUGCCAAACAGGUGACUGUGGGGGAAGACUGGAAUGUCAGGGAAAUGGUGCCGCUCCUCCUACCUCACUGUUUGAGAUAACACUUGGUGCAGGCAAUGGGCAAGACUUCUAUGAUGUUAGCAUGGUAGAUGGCUACAAUUUGCCAUUACUCGCUCUACCACGAGGUGUAUAUGGUGAUGCCUGUAAUUCCACAGGUUGUAUUACUGAUAUUAAUAGAGGUUGUCCAAAAGAACUUCAAUUACUUGGAGGCGAUCAAAACCAACGGGUAGUCGGGUGUAGGAGUGCUUGUGAGGCAUUCAAGACAGACAAGUAUUGCUGCAGUGGAGCAUUCGCUAAUCCAAAUACAUGCCAGCCUUCCUAUUAUUCAACCAUUUUCAAGAAGGCUUGUCCAAGAGCUUAUAGCUAUGCCUUUGAUGAUGGCACCAGCACUUUCACUUGCAAAGCAAACGAAUAUGAUAUUGUUUUCUGUCCCAACAGCAAUGGGAUGAGAAGACCAAAUCUUGCAGCUCCUCCUCCACCAAUUAGGCAGCCCUUUUGGAAGCAUCAGCAGGUCACUUCCUCAUCAAAUAUUUUAUUACCCUUUCCAGCGCCAAUCUUUCUCUUGGUUCUCACUCUUUCUCAUUUGUAAGAUAUGACCAGUAAUAUAAAAUAACAUCUGAAGAGACUCACAAGGGCUUUUAAAAGGAGGGGAGAAGAAAAAAAUAAGGCACAAUCAAUGAGAUGGAAACCAUGAACAGCAAAAAUAUUACACUUGAAGAACCCUUUGCAAACAAAUGAUUCAGAAAGUAGUCUUCUAAAGCUCCAAUAAGUUCGGAGCUUAUUAAGAACUAAUUGAUAUCAUCUAAAUACCACCGGUCAUAAUUCCUGUCUAUUCACUAUUCUCUCAAGAUAACUUGUAAAUCUAGCAAAAUAAAUGUUAAGAAGGAAACAACUAGUCCUUUGCAAUGUAAACAGGAAUAUAAGAAUCCUCAAAUUCAUUCUCUCACAUAUUCCAUAGUACAUGUUCUGCAGAAAUUUAAUGAACAAAGUGACCCUUCUAGAUGAUAGUAGCCAGGUAAUGCAGAUCAAUUAAAAGAAAAAAAAUAAAAAA